GCGUUGUAACAACGUUCUCCUCGCUGUCCUGACCGUCACCUCCUCGCGGUGCGGACCUCCCUAACAGUGAGCGGAGUCUGACUCUCGUUUCAUCCUUGUCGGGCUGAUUCGCUAUCGUGUUACCUUCCACCAGCGAUGCGUCCCUCAUUACCCCGCCUAGUGAAGGUCGUCCCCAAGAGCCAGCUCGUGCAGCAGGGCAUCCCGCUCAAGCGGGCGAUACCAGAGCCAGUGCGCUCGGACAUCAAGCAGCCAUCGCUCAUCGAGGUGCUCUUGAAGCGGAAGGCGGACGCAGGCGAAAACUACCCAUCGAACAUCCGGAUAGAGCCCGAGCUGAAGAUGGCACACUUCAGGCGCUUCCCGAAGGAAGUUGGGAUGGAGUUGAAGGAGAUGGCUCGGGAAAAGUGAUGCUGUGGGGGUCGAUAGUUUGAUCG